AUGUUAACGCGGUCACUUUUCUCCAAUGGCCGUAUCUUAAUUGAUGCCGGCACUGGUCAGCAUGCGGACCCCUCUUUUGCAGAUAGCAUGCUUGUUGAGGAUGAUAAGAUCACCGCGAUCGGAUCAUACAAAGAUGUUAUUUCUUCUGGGCUCUGUUCGAAUCUUAAGCCUCGAGACCUUGGACAGCAGGUCAUCCUUCCUGGCUUCAUCGAUGGCCACAUGCACCUUCUCCUUCUGGGCCAAUCGCUCCGCAAACUUGACUUGAAGAACUGCAAGACUGUGGAAGAUAUAAAAUUGACAAUCAAAAAAUAUGCUGCCGCAAACCCAGAUAAGCCAAGCAUCCAAUGCAAAAAUUGGAUGCAUUCCAUGACUCCCAACGGCGUCACAGCGGACAUGCUCGAUGAUAUCGAUUCUCGCCCCAUUUUCAUUGACGCAAGCUCUCAACACUCAUGCUGGUGUAACUCUGCUGCUUUAAAAGAGCUGGGCGCUGCUGAUAUGCCAGAUCCUGCCGGAGGCAAAAUCCAUCGACACGCCGACGGGAGUCCUUCCGGUGUUUUGGACGAAGGCGCCAUGAUGUCUAUCAUCUGGCCUUUCCAAGCUGUAUCAAGCUCAAAAGAAGAUCGAAUGGAGGCUAUUUAUGCAGCCGUUGGAGAGUACAAUGCAGCUGGCUAUACUGGCGUGGUAGAGAUGGCCAUGGACGAAGAGGCGUGGGAUUCUCUUGUCACAUUGCGCAAAAUGGAGCCUGACUUCCCACUACGAGUCUCAGCUUACUGGCUAAUAAAACCCAGUUCAAGCUCUGAAGAAAUCUCCAAGCAAAUCAGACGCGCUAUUGAACUUUCGCAGAAAUAUAACACCGCAACAAGUCCAGACUUGCGCAUAGUCGGCGUAAAGGUCAUUUGCGAUGGCAUCAUUGAUGCCUGCACGGCCUUUUUGUCACAACCUUAUGCAUCGACAGACUCACCUCCACCAAUCUGGGAGCCAGAACACUUGGAUCAGCUUGUCAAAGAGGCCGAUUCUGCUGGUCUACAGAUAGCCCUCCAUGCAAUCGGCGACGCGGCCAUCAAGAUGGCAAUCGAUGCGAUUGAGAAAUAUGCGACGCCAGGCAGGCGCCACCGCAUUGAGCAUCUCGAACUUGCAUCUCCAGAAGAUGCCAAGAGGCUGGGAGAGUUGGGAUUGACAGCUUCAAUUCAGCCGGUUCAUGCCGACCCGUCAAUCUUGACAGAGUGGCCCCGUUUGCUUGGAAAAGACCGCUGCCAACAUGCAUUUGCAUACAGAGAGUUUUCUGAUGCUGGUGCUUUGAUGGCUAUUGGUAGUGAUAGUCCCACUUCGCCGUGGAUGCCGAUGCACAACCUUUAUGUUGCGACAACACGACACUCCGCCAGAGAUAAAAAAUACUCCCAGACCGUAAAUGAACAUUUCAAACUUGGUUUAUGCGAGUCUAUGGUUGCAGCAACAGGAGGUGCAGCUCGAAGUGUUUUUGCGGAAGACAGGACAGGCAUGUUGGCUGUGGGAAAAUUAGCGGACUUUGUCAUUGUUGAUAUGGAAUGGGAUCCUAAUACCUUGUUAAAAGCCAGGACCAUGGAGACUUGGUAUGGAGGAAAACAAGUCUGGAUUUCUGCAGAUGUGGAUAACACAGUAGUCAAUGUCUAA